GCACCCUUACACUCAACCUACCUACCUACCUAGGUAUGCCCGCAUCAACUUACCUUGCCAACAGACAGAAAACCAAAUAAAUUUUAUUUCAUUUUUUUUUCACUUCGUUUUUGCUACGUCCGUGAGACACCAUAGACCACUUUCACCAUCCUUUUCAGUUUAGAGGGGACUGCGAUGUGCGCGUCUAUUUAGGUUCAGCCGCGCGAUUGCUGAUCAACAGGAGAGAGAUUUCCUGACUGAAUAGGCAUAUGGCUGUUCACAUACCCGGGUAGCCACCACUUUGUAUGGGUCAUCAUCCGACCCACGACUUACAAAGAGCAUCACGACGAAGGAUUUGAUGUGCACGAUUCCAUUCGAACGUGAAAAUCCUGUCCCCCGCUUGUUAGGGGAAUCGCCUAGCCAUGGGUGACCGGCCAGAACCAGGGCUGAUAAAAUGGUACCCAAGCGCCGCGCGAGACUAUUUUCUCCAUGUUAGUCUCCAGAAUCCAAGAGUUGAUAUAUAUCAGCCAACUGGCAAUGCCAGAAAUGGCGCUUUCGAUCGCAAAAAGCUCUUCACGUACGACAACAUCCCUCUGUUGACGACCUACGACUGGUCACCUACACUGCCGGAUAUCCUGGCCGUGGGUAACUCGAGCGGCGAUGUCAACAUACUGAGGAUCGAUGGAGAGUCCAAGGCCAUGUCAGCCAUCAGGCCUAGAGCGCCUCGAACUUGCCAGGCCGUGGCUUUUAACACCAAUGGAAAGUUAGCGGUCGGGCUGGAGAGGGCCCGAGGUGAUCACAGUCUCUACGUGUGGGAUGUGAGCCAGCUAGACAGCAUUACGCAGGCGAGCCCUAGAGGACUGCCUGACGGCCUGAAGUUCCCCGACCCUGUCUACAAGAAUGAAAUGGGCGUUUCUGUAUCGAGCGUCAAGUUCUUUGAGGACAAUCCAAACACGCUGGUCAUCGGCGCCAAGCGAGAUGGUCUGAGGAUUCACGAUCUACGUGAUCCUUCGUCGGGAGCAACGACUUUCCGGACCCAUUGCUGUAACAAUCUUGCAAUCGAUUAUGCGGACCCCAACUAUUUUGCUUCGUCGGUUCUUGACAACCCCGGAAUCAUGGUCUGGGACCGUCGCGCGACCAGCAGGUUCCAUGCUUCUCCGUCCUACACCACAGCCACGGAGGAUCAGCCAUCUUUCCCCUGGGGCGGUGCGUUGCAGCUCAACAAUGCUCUGGGACUCGAAUCAAACGACAGCUUAGGUGAUAUCACGACCUCCUUCAUCAGGUCUAUGCGGUACUGCAGAGACAGGCGAGGCAUGCUUGCAGUGCUAUCCCGUACCGGCCAGCUGAAAGUCAUGUCGACAAGCCCCGAACGUCUCGACGACAACUACAGGGUUGAAGGUAGCCCUGAACUCUUGGAAGUCAACAAAUCCAAUGAAAUGGAUAGUAAGUUCUUGGAUCCCGCCAAGCAGAACGAGCGAAUCGUGUCUUUCGAUUGGGUCACAAACUCAAACGCUGCACAGCAGCCGAGACUGUUGGUGCUACGGGCCAACAGUGACUUUGAGAUAUUGGAGGUUCCCUCGUUUACAAAGUCUUACCCGUAUAAACUGUCCCCAUGGCAGGCACCAAACAGAGGGUUGGAGACUGGUGGCGAUCAUCAUGAUCUUGUACAGUUUGAACCGCAGGAAGCGGGGGAGAUUCUUGCGCCAAAGAUAGUGCAGGACGAACUUUCCGAAAUACCACUCUUCCAGGAGCCCAAACCGGAUGCACAAGCAGUGGUUGCCAGCGUGCUACAAUCUCCAAUUCACGAGGGCUAUCACUUGAAAGACCUCGAAGCAGAGGACUCUCCGCCGCUCCCAGACUCCUUCAGGGCAGCUACAACCGUGGCGGAAAAACUGAGGAUAUUGAGAGAAUAUGCAAAAAUCGCUCUCCCCUUGAACGGGCUCCAAAGAGGCGUGCCAUCGAGGAACACCGAUAAGUCCUGGCCCCAUCUCACUCAUGAUGGCGAACAUCCAAUCACCUACCGUGAACGCCACGAGCAGCUUCUCGCCACAACAAUGUUCACUCUUGGCUUUCCAAGCGAGGCCCAGCUCUUUAUCGACCAUGUUAUGCUCUGGCGAGCGAAAGAGAUGUACCUCUUUGACUGUGAAAGGAAUCGGAAGAUUGUAGCCGAUGACCCUUGGCUGAGAGACACAUGGGCGUGGAUUGCAGGCGCUGAGGAUGCUGCUCAGGAUAGCGGGAUGACGGCCGCACCCUUGGACUUGAGCUACAUGGGAGUUGCCACGAUAUGGUUUAGCGAUCUCGGGAACAAACCAUCAAACAGAUUGGUGGAUGGCGGCACUGCGUUACCAGACUCAGCAGCGUGGGAGCGGAGCAUCAGCGCCAUUUGCUCAAAACAGGCACUUCCCAAAUUCGAUUGCGCCGAAACCAAAAAGGCACAUCAUCGGCGCCUAUGCUUGGCAAUAUGUGGCUGGGGCCGAUCAGGUCCCAUGGACCUGUUGGAGUUUGAGCAGAUCCCUGCCUCUGAGAAGACUAGUACCUGGCACACCAUGACUACGGCCCAUGCAUUGUUCAGGGGAGAGACGAAGAAUGCGAUAAAACUGCUCAAAAGGGCGAGCGCCGAACAUCCGGAACUGAUGUUCGUCUCGCUGGCGCUUCAGCUCAUGAUGCGGGGCGACAACGAUCUGGCCAAAGAACAUCUCGACUUUGACGAGAAUAUCGCUCCCCAAGAAGAUCCAUAUCUAAGGGCAAUCUCGUCCCUGAUUGCUACCCGUGGCUGGCUCACCAUUGCAAACCAACGUUCUCUACCACUGCGCGAGCGGGUAUACGUUGCAGUCAGAUAUCUGAAUGAUGAGGAGUUGUCACAGUGGCUGACCGCCGAGGUUCGAGAUGUCAUCGAAACGGGAGACAUAUCGGGUAUCGUGCUCACUGGCAUCACCGACAACAUGGUGGAAAUCUUGGCGAAGUAUGUCCAGAAGUUCCACGAUGUGCAGAGCGCGAUCCUCAUAAUGUCCAUCUGCGCACCCCGCUACGUCGACGACUACCGCUGCGCAGCGUGGCGCAGAGCCUACCGGGCGUAUCUGCAAAGACACAAGGCCUACUUUCAACGUACCAAGUUCGAGGUUGAGAGCACCAAGAAAAGCAAACGAGACGGCCAGCCCACCAUCAGCCCACCGUUCCGACAGAUCGCGCUGCGGUGCAUCUACUGUGACGCAGAGAUGUCCAUGUCUAGGGGCACUGCCGUCGUGGCACCUGCUUCAGGUGCGAGCUCGGAGCAACAGAACCCGUUGACGGCCAAGAUGGUCAGCGCCGGAAUCAGUUGUCCCACCUGCAAGCGACACCUGCCUCGUUGCGUCGUGUGUCUGGAAAUUGUAGGCAUGCCGCGCUCGGACAAGCCCGAGGCGUCUGCGGACCCGGAGGUGAAGCUUGCAGCACGAUUCCCGACCUUCUGCCUCAAGUGCGAACACGUCCUACAUCUGGAUCACGCACGGCAAUGGUUCGCGAGGCAUGCCGAGUGCCCGGUGCCCGAGUGCAGGUGUCAGUGUAACUUUCGAGCGAACCCGGAGUUGAAUUACAAGUGAGGUGACGGUUGGACCUGUUUGAAAUACAGCUACAAAGGGAUUUUUUUUAGAUAAUGUUAACUCUUCAGAUAUGAGUUAUAUCUUGAUCUGGUGCGCAU